AUGGCAGAUAAAGUAAUAGAUAAUAAACAAAUUUUCAUUAGUAAUCUACCUUUUGAUACAAAGAAAGAGGAGAUCGAAGAGUUCUUUUCAGAGGUCGGUCCAAUCAAACGUAGUUUCAUCGUUACAAAGAAAGACGACAAGACCAAAUGCACCGGUAACGCAUUCCUCUGGUUUGCUCUUGCCGAUCAUGCAAAAGAAGCAAUCAAAUCAUUCAACAACAAGAAAUUUAAAAAUAGAUCAAUCAAAGUUGAACAAGCAAAACCAAAAAGAGAAGAUGAAAAUAACAAUAGCAGCAAUCAAAGAGAUAAUAAAAGAAAUAAUAAUAAUAAUAAAAAAGUAGAUGAAAAAGUAGAAAAAGUAGAAAAAAAAGAAGAAACAAAGAAGGAUAAUAAAAUAGUUGAAGAAAUUAAAGUAAAGAAAGAAGAAGUAGUAGUAGAAGAAUCAGCAACACCAAAGCCAUUACAAUUACAACAACAACCAUUACAACAACAACAAGUAGCAAUUGCAAUCAAUAACUUUGAAAUUAAAGAUAAGAAUGAUUUUGCAGCAUCGUUAAAGGUCAAACCAGGUUUGAUGCAUUCAGUCAAGAGGAUACCAUUCUCUGACAACACCACUAGAAUCUACUGUUGGAACGACAAGGGUGCCAAUGAACUUCUCGCCAAACUCGCUACUUUCAAACAUAACGGUAAACCACUUAUCUAUGCCAAAGAGACCAACAUUUUAUUAUCACAUGAAUUGGUUAUUAGAAAUUUAAAUUUCACUUCAAAUAUUAGUCAUGUUAAUGAAUCAUUCAAGAAAUUCGGUCAAAUUCUUUGGGUUAAAGUACCAACUAAACAAACAGAUGCUGGUAACCAACAGGUAUCGAAAGGAUUUGCUUUUGUGUUGUUCUCCAGUAGAGAUAGUGCACAGAAUGCUAUGGAUCAGUUGAAUGGCAAACCAUUGAACGGUAGAAAUAUCGCUAUCGAUUGGGCAAUUCCACAAGAGGCAUACAAGUCAUAUCUCAAGUCAAGACAAGAGGAACAAAGAUUAAAGGAAGAACAAGAGAAUAAAGCAAAGAAACAAUUGGAAGGUGAAGAUGAAGAAGAGGAUGAAGAUGUUGAAGAAGAAGAAGAAGAAGAUAACAAGAAAGAGAAAACAGUAGAUUUCGACAGUGAAGAGGAAAAAGAGAAUUUCAAUAUAGAAUCUGACAAAGAAGGUGAAGAUGAGGAAGAUGCUGAAGAUGAAGACGAUGCUGAAGAAGGAGAAGGAGAAGAUGAAGAUGGUAUGGAAAUGGAUGAAGAAUUCGAUGAAGAUGAAAUGGAAGAUAUGGAUGACGAAGAUAUGGAUGAUGACGAUAUGGGUGAUUUCGAUGAAACUAAACAAGAUAGAAUCGAAAGAGAAAGAAAAGAAAGAUUAGCUUCAAAAGAAAAGAAUAAAAAGGAAGUUGGAGAAGGUAAAACAUUGUUUAUUAGAAAUGUUAGUUUUGAUACAACUCAAGAGGAUUUGGAAAAGAAGUUCUCAGAGUUUGGUAAGCUCAAGUUUUGUCGUUUGGUUUUGGAUCCAACCACUGAGAAACCAACCGGUAAGGCUUUCGUAAAGUAUCUGGCAGAGAACAGUGCCAACGCUGCCUUGGAAGCUGCCAAGGUGACCAACUUGUUCGAUCCGACCAAGGAUUUGUCUGACAACAAGAAUGCCGAGAAACAACGUGCCAAGAUGGAGAAGAAGCAAGACUUUUCGCUCUCGACACUGCUACAGGGUGGAAUUAUGGUUCAUGGACGUAAUUUGAUUGUCGAUGUAGCCGUCGAUCACGAGAAAGCCGGUGAACUCAAGGAUAACCGUGUUGCCAAAGUCGACAAGAAGAACAAGGCGUUGCUGUUGGUUGGAAAGGUGUUGCAACAAUCGGAGCUCGGACAGUUAUUCACCGAAAAAGAUUGGAACAUGAGAAGUGUUGCCGAUCGUGAAGCCAACUACAAGUUGAAGGUCAAUCCCAACUACUAUGUUUCACCAACCCGUCUGUGCUUUAGAAAUCUCCCACUGUCUGUCUCUGACAAGCAGUUGAAGUUGGCCUGUCAGAAAGCAUUGAAAGCCAAGUCCAAUAAAUCAAAGAUCUUCUUUGCCAAGGUCGCAGUCGACAAGGAGCGUGUCAACGCCAACGGAAAGGCCAAGUCAAAGGGAUAUGGAUUCGUCGAGUUUGAAGAUCACCAAGCUGCUCUGGAUGUCAUUCAUUCGCUGAACAACAGUACCAAGGUUUUCACCGGUCAAGACAAGAAAGAGUUUAGAACAUUCAUUCAAUUCUCGAUUGAAGAUGCUCGUGUCGUCAAGAAGCAAAAGGAGAUUCAAGAGCGUAUCGUUUCACAGAACGAGAGAAGAAAGCAACAGCUGUUUGAAGAGAAGAAAGAGAAGCGUAGACAAGACAAAGAGAGUGGAGUUGUCAAGGAGAAGGAAAAAGGUAGAGGUGCUAAGCAACGUGAAAAGAAACGUUUGAUGAGAGAGAAACUGCAGGCUGCCGGAAUCAACCCAGAAUCAGUCAACCAAAAGAAUCAACAACAACAAAAGAAAGAUCAAGAAGAACAAGUUGAUCUUCCACAACACGUUCAAGAGAAGAUGUUGAGAAAAUUAAAGAAACAAUCGACAACCACUACAACCAACAACAAAACAACUCAACCAAAGAAAUUCAACAACAACAAGAGAAAGAAUACUGAUGACGAUGAAGACGACGGUGAUAACAGAUUGAUUUCAGUUUCCAACCCAGAUGUUGUACACAAAAAGAAAAAGAGAUGGACUGAUUAUUAA